AUGCCUCCCUUCCUCUCAAUACCGUACUCUUUCUUUAGCAAGCUCAAGAAUCUCGGAUCUGGCACACCAGCAGCUCCACCUGCGAUCACAGAGCCACCCGCGUCCGUACAGCGCCCAAUCACCAGUACCAUGGCUCCUGUCGCAAGACCACAUCUCGACCCAAACCCCAAGACGGCUCGACUGUUGAACCUUGAUAGAAACCGAACUAGGCAGUGGUGUGCGCCUUCACCGGGAGGACAUCCUGGCCUCGGUCUGUUCCCCGGCCUCUACUCACCUGGUCCGAAGAAGCGUCUUCCCAAGGAGCCGCCUGCUCUAUACCCGGGAUUGACACCAUGGAUGCAUGACUGGGCUACCGAUCUGAACGACCAGCUGCCAGAAGAUGACGGCUUUGAGUGGGACAGCACAGAUAUCCCCGACGAUGGCUUCUCGCUUGGCGAGCCCCUGGAGGAGCUCAACUACUGGGAGCAGAACUGGAUCGACAAGAAGCUCGAACAGGAGGCGGCCGAGAAGGAGAAGAGAAAGAUGCAGUCUCUCAAGAGGAAGCGGAGCGUGCCUUUGACUGCCGCCGGUCGCAAGAAGCUCUACAAGAAGCGCGCAGCGGAGUCUACCGUGGAGAGACUCAAUGGCAAAUUCAUGAGGAAGGAGCCGGUCAUUAUCAUCGGAGACGAGGAAGCCGAUAUUGCCCACCAAGCCACUAUGAAAUCAAUCAUGAAGUCACUGGCAAAAGCGAGGGAGGACUGA